CCUGGAGUGCCCAUCAGCCAGCAGUGGGCCUGCCUGGGAAGUGCUGUUUGUUCAUACUGCAGGAGUUUAAAGAAACUACUUUAAACCUCAUUUUCUGCAUAGUCAGAGAUGGAGCUGGAAUCACAGAAUAUUCUGAGUUGAAAGAGACCCAUGGGGAUCAUCAGGUGCAACUCUGAAGUGAAUGGCACAUGUAGGGAUCAAACCCACAUCCUUGACGGUAUUAGCACCAUGCUCUAACCCACUGAGCUAAUCUCUGGACCUUCAGAGUCAGAUUUACAGAUCUGUCAACACAGGGCACCAACAUGUUGCACCAAAAAAAUGGAAGAAAGCUACCAGGCUGCUGUUCGGAGAGAGAGGACUCAAAGUAUUCAGGCACUGAACUUCGAACUAAAGUACAUGAUUGUUGGUCAUAUCACAGCUUUUCAAGAGGCCUUUGAGUCUUUGCUUCGCUUUGCUGAAAACCACACAAGCUCCCUGUUUGAGACAGCUUACAGACCCAUGGCAAAAGAAGCAGCAGAGCCUGUUAAGGAGCUUUUUACAGACAUCUCUCUCUACAUUCUGGGCGCAGAGACUACAGUGGAAAGUGCAGUAUUGCGGUUCUUUGACAGUCUCUUUCCUCUGGUGUAUAGUCGGCUAAUAAACCCAGGAAUUACAGAUCUAUCAGAGGACUAUACAGAGUGCCUGCGGCUCACAAGGCAAGACAUAAAUCCUUUUGGACACUAUUCUAAAAACAUGGUUACAGAGCUGUCAAAAUCUCUUUGGGCCAGUCGGAUGCUCAGCCAGGCCCUGAGCCUGGGCAUUGAAUUGAUAAAUACUACUGAACACGCGGCUCUGACGAAGGAGUGCAGCAGAGCCCUGGUGAAGAUGCAGUACUGCCCACACUGCCAGGGCCUGACGCUCAUCAGACCCUGCGUCGGCUACUGUCUGAAUGUAAUGAGGGGCUGCCUGGCCAGCGUGUCAGAGCUGGAUGCACAAUGGAGGGAGUACAUCUCCACACUGGAAUAUCUCACUAAUGAAAUGGCUGCCUCGCAUGAUCUGGAAAUUGCACUGUCGGGAAUGUGGAACUCCAUCAAUGAAGCCAUCCUGCACGCACAGCUCAACGGGCCGCAGCUCUCUGCCACAGUUGAUAAAGUGUGUGGGCAGCCCAGACAACAAGAAGGGAACUUGUCCUCAGCCAAUAUAGUGCCAGUGAAGGAAGUGACUGAAGCCCAGACGUUCGUGAUGGCUCAUGCCAGCCUGAACAAUAAAAGAAGUUCUCUGCCUCUGAAAGCUUCAAAGAAUGACAAAUCAAGAAGUUUGAAAAAAAUCUCUCGAGAGUUCAUCAGUUACAUGAAGCGAUCCCGCACCUUUUAUGCCUCUAUAGCAGAACGUCUGUGUGAUGGAGACCUGGUCAUGAGGGACAGCUCAACCUGCUGGAAUGGAGAGGAUGUUGUGGAAAGUUAUACCAGCAGAGUUGUUUCCAAUGGACUGAAGGCACAAAUUAAUAAUCCAGAACUGAAAGUCAGAGGAUUGGACCCGCUCAUCAGUAAUUUAAUUGACAAACUUCAGCACUUUAAUCAACUGGAUACUGAGAAGGCCAAAUUGAAACUGGAAAGAUGGGCUUCCCGAGAUGCUGGCAGUGGGGGAGGAAAAAGUGGAGAGGUGGAGUCAAGCGGAGAUUGUGAUGAUGAGGAUGGUUGUCAAGGAUCCGGGGACAGGAUUCCCACAGCAGAUAUACUCAAGGACAAGAAAACCCAUCCAGAGAACAGAAACGAACCAAAACCAACUGUGAAAAAGAUUGACACCACAACCACCAGAAGCACUGUCAAAUCAUCCUCCAAACACAGUGUAAAUGGAAGUGGGAGCAGCCCAGCCCUGAGCCCCUCCCUUGUUUUAGCAGCACUGGCAGUUCUGUGGCAUUGUCUGCUGUAGCUGUGUUGCCUUGCAGCCACUGUGCUACUGCUUCUGUUCUCUGUCAUUUAUACCUGCAGUCUUACCCAACAGAAAACAAAACUAAAUGGCUCUCUAGUUUAUGUGGUGUGUUAGAAUAAAUAUGAAAUGCUGUGCUGGAGUUGGCAGAUACCAAGUGUCAUCACUUACAAUAUCUGGAGAUAGCCUUUGGCAAAGCCCACCCAAGAUACAGAGGGGAUGGUGACAAGGAUCUGAGUAGCUUAAGUUAUGGGGUAGAAGUAAUGGAAAACACAGAAACUAUGUAUGGGCGUGUUACUGCUUUUAUCGAUUUCAUUUGCAAGAAUUUGACUGGCUGGUUUUGUUUGUUUAAUUUUUCUGAUAAGUUAUAUGAAUGGUCAGUCUUCAAAUUCAAGCCAAUCCAUACUUUAUGUUUUCAGUGAACAGCUAACAAGCUGUGUCUACAGUUCAUAGAAUGUUAAGGGGUUGGAAUGGACCUUAAAGAUCAUCUAGUCCCAGUGCCCCUGCUAUGAGCAGCAACAUCUCCCACUAGAGCAGGUGAAGUACUCUCUACCAGCGUGAUGAAAUUCCUGAGUGAUCAAGAAGUUCAAAGCAUGUUUGAAACUUCUUUUCACUCUUACUAUUUAGAUUGUAGGAAGCAACAUAAAAGUGUAUGGUGUGUCUAAUAUAUCAGUAUAGUUGCCUUAAUUAUGGAAAAAAAUAGAACCACUUUGUUUACUGAGGGAUAUAGAUAGGGAGUUUCCCUGCCCCACAAAAUGUCAUUAACAAAUGCUUAAGCAUAUGUUCAAGGCUUAUUGGACGAAUGUCCAGCAAAGGGAAACAUAAAUAAACAUAAUAAUGUUUUAUCCACUUGAAUGCAGCUCUGUACAGAGGAAAAAAAAAAUAAUUCAGUUCAAACUUACUUUGCCUAUAUGAUGUUACAUACCAACUCAAGUUUUCCAUAAAGAUCCCAGCGAUAUAAAUUAUUGGGAACUCCCAUUAGACUCUAACUAGAUUUUGUGCAGUAUGGGUCCCUGAAAUCAACUAUUUUAUAAACUGUGUAUUAUUUAAUUACAUUUAAUGUUUAAAAUUUUGUAUCACGUUAGGUGUAAAUGUAAAACACACUGAAAUCUAGAACAUUCUCUGUUUUGCCUCAUCUUGAUUGCUACCUUAGAAAAUGUCAAAUGUGCAUUAUUAUAUUACAAGGCUUUGUUUUUUAAUCAAUGAUACAUUGAUGUGUUUUAAGUUUUUGGAUGAAAAAGUACUAUAAUAACUUCUAAUGGGUUAAGAGUUAAUGUGUGUUUUCCAACAAGUGUUUACAGUGCCAUUGAAUAUAUGUAUACAAACACAACUGUUGAAUACAGUGAUUAAUAUGAUAAAUAUAUGAAACAUUCUAAUUGUUACACUUACUACAUUUCAUAACUAUUACAACAGUUUAAUGGCCAUUUUCAUGUUGCAGACUAUUAUUAUGUACAGUUUUGUAAGAUUUGAUGUAAAACACUUGCCUUUGUUUUUUUGUAAAACAUCUCUUUGAUACUUGGAGUUACACAGUCACUGACAUUACUCAAAAGAAGAACCCUGUAUCUUACUAACCAGCUUCAGGCUUUUUAUUGACAACUUUGAUUAUAAAAGCCUGACUUAAAGAAGAUGCCGUGUGCCAGUGCUGCUGCUGGAUGUUAUUACAAAGUGGCGAUAAUUCAGAAUAAGAAUAGAAUAGAUGAACAAAGGCUCACUACACUUUGUUUUCAGACAGUAUUAGUAAACUUGUCUAGUUACAUUUGCAAAGGUGGGGCUUGAGUCCAAUUUCUAAUUUGGGCUCUUAGAUCAUAUUUGCCGAUGUAAAGGUAUGAUCAGAACCAUGGACACACCCAGCUGCGAAGGCAGCUUCUCUAAAGCGGCAGCAGCUCAGUUUUCUAAAAGAUAAUUGCAUUUUAAUGUUGAAACAAGUAGAUAAAAUGGAAAAGGUACUUGCAUUAACAUGAAGUAUUUUGUAUUUUAAUUCUGAUUUUUCAAAAUGAUAAGGAUAUUACUAUCUCUAAUCAGGGCUUCCCAGUCAGAUCAGUGAAAAUCAGUUUUCCCAAAAGUAAUGAAAUGGCUGUCCUGUGUUUUCCAGAGUUUGUGAGCUGCACCAGUCCAUGGAACCAUAAUUAAAUAUGCUGCUUCUUGUAUUCGUUUUCAGUACCCUUUGGAAAAGUGCUAUGGUACCUGAGGAGGUGUGCAAGUUGUGUCAUUUGUACAGUGACAGAACUCUGUAAUGCCUUGCAGUCCUAAAGAGUGUGUUGUGAUGGCUAUUGGUGGAGAGGCUGCCCUGUGUACACACAGAGAUGUUCUUCAGGUGCUGACACCACCUGCUCCUGGGGUAACACCAACCACUGUGGUUUCACUGGAGCAAUUCAUGUCUGAUGCUUGUGAACCUGACUCCUAAUUUAGUUUUCUCACACUUGAGAUGCUCAGUCACCAUUCAAGCAGGUGCACCCACAUUUGCACACUGUCAGAAUUCCUAUGGACAGAGGUUUCAGGGCUGGGCUCUGAUCCUGCCAGAUUUCAGCUGUGCAGCUUAGAGUUUUCAGUUUUUCUCACCUUCAGAGAGGGAACUUGAAUACCCAGAGUUAAGUGUCUUUCUGAGGUGUGUUCUGUGAAAGAUUUUGAGUGGUGAUCCCACUCAUGUUCAUCUGCAGCAGAGGGAGCUGCAGAAACCCUUCAGGAGUAAUGGAUGGAAUAACACAACCCAUUUGUUGCUGCUAAAUGUCAUAAUCUUGCCAACCAGAAACCUCUGAAAAAUCAAGUGUUUGAAUUUGGAGGUUGGCUGGCAAGUAUUUGUGUGAUGUAGCGCUCACCUCAAGCUAAACAAGAGAGCCCUUUUAAAGUUUCUGUAACAAAACAGAACAGGUUCAUACCUUGGGAUGAGAGAGAAUCAACUCGUUUCUUUGGACUCAACCAAUGUUUUAAUAGACACAAAAUGUUGCAGAAUGAGGAAAGAGGACUCCACAUCAAUUAAUACAUUUCACAUUAAUACAUUUUACAUUGUAAGAAGAGUACUGGUCAAACCAGCAUGAAAUAUGUUCAUAAUUUGUAUCAAAAAUGGUGCAGUUUUUAAGGGCAAUGCAGUGUAUUUCUACUAAUUGUAGAAAUGGUAAUUUUUUUUCCCCAGGAUCAGUUGCAUUUACAUAUUUAAAAUGAAUGUUUUCCAUCAAACAAGGCAUCUAUACCAGGAAAGGCAAAACCAACUGUCCGUGUCAGAUAAAGGACGUAUUCCUUUUCAGAUGAAUAAGAUACUUGGUUUACAAAACCUUAUUUUGUUAUCCAGAACACUGUAAUUAUGAUGCAAUUACAAAGGUUGAAAUUCAAAAUAUUUUUCAACUUGUUUAUGUCAUCUCAGCGUAAAAGAAGGUACCAGUCUAAGAGCAUUGCUGUAGCCUUGCCUAACAGUUAUGAGUUGUAUUUUUGAUUGUUUAUUGUUUUGCUAUGGCUUCCUUUUAAUAUUUUGCUGUGCCCACAUUUGUGAAUGCCGGCAUUGGACGGUAACUGCUGUCAUACAUUUGUGAGUAAAAUCAAUCUGCAAUUUUCUGUUGGUAGCGGUGGAGGCUUCUUACCAGAUCAGACGAAACUGUUGUAGUGUCAGUUCUUAGUGUUUCACUGCUCCUGGGGCUCUGUGUUACACCAGGUUCCUGUAAGAGGUUCAGAAGGUCUGUGUGUCACUAGUCCCCUUCCUGGCUGUGGAAGUGUGAGGGAAGAGUGAAUCUGGGUGGUCAGAGAUGUGGGUGGCUGCAGGGGCCAGUGCAUGGCCACGUCCAGCUGCCUUCUCGGAGGCCCUGAGACAGGUGUUCUCAGCUGAUUUCAAGUGGCUUUUACACCUCUCCAAAUCAGCUCAUGGAGACUGGCCAGGCAAAGAGCAACACAGAAUCUAGAGCUUGCACUUUCAGGCAACUCCACAGACACCUGCUAGGAACUGGACUGGAUUUUGCAAUUUAGAUGCUUUACACAGUCUGGCCUCUCCUUUUCAACCUUGCAUUUUUUUCUGCCUUGCACACUGCCAGUGUUAUGCCCUGUUUUCUGGCGCCCCAGGUACUUUGUCAUUGCAUGAGGAACUGUGAUUCUGAUCUUGCAGUAAUGAGCCUUUUGAGGUGCAAAUGUCUGUCAGAGCUUGAUAAGGGCAACACAAGUAAUACUGUCCAGCUGCAUUGGCUUCAGAGGCUCUGUGUAUGGGAAUCUGCCUGUGAGAUUCACAUCUUUCUGAUCUCUUAAAUCAGAUCUGUAUUUAAUGUAUCCCUAUUUUCUUUUGAUACCAAGACUGCAACGUGUAUCAUAAUUUUAAAUUUGACUCCCUAAUUCUGUAUGAGUCUUCUCAAUAUUGUCCUAAUGGAUGUUGUGCACAGACUUGAUUUUAAUGUUAAUUGAACCUUUUUGCCCAGAUUUGCUGAGCUAUUCUUAUUCAGUAUUGCACACUAUUAGUGUUAAGCAAGAUGUGUUCAAGUGAAAGGGGAUGAAACACAUAUUGAAGUAAGAUACUGAGUAGGACAAAAAUCCAGAAAGUUCCUAUGUUCCUGAAAUGGACUCUUCACAUUAAACAAAAUUUGAGGUUUAAGCUGAAAUUACAGUUGAAAUUUCCUAACUCGCAUGGUGUCAGUGGGAUUUCAACCUUUUAUUGAAAAUCAAUAAGUACUCUACCCAUUUUUUUUCAAGUGGGAAUUAAUUGAUAGAGAUGUUUUCCCCAUGUCUCUGGACGUGGCUAGACUCAACUCUGUAGAAGUUGAGUCCUGCACAUUGAGCAUCACAGCACCGUAAGUGCUUAGUGUUACGACUGGCCAAACAUCUGGGGCAUUUAUUUUCAUUUUAUAGCAUUUCACUGCUCUAGUGCUUCUUGCAAUGGCAUAUGGCCUUUGUGUUAAUGAAAACUGAAACAUCUUAGAGUCAAUGUCAUUAUUGCUCAGACAUGUGCUAGUCAAAAAGAACACAAGAAGGUCUUCUUCCCAUUUCCUCAGAAGUCUACAAUUAUUCCCAGUACCGAAUUCUCUUCUUGUUUCCACUGUCACUCUCUAGAUAACUACAAUUAAAUUGUAUUAAAUAUUAAGCCACCAAAAAAUAAAUACUAGCCAAGAGAUUGUAAUAAAUAGAGAAUAAACUCAGAAAAGGAUCCUGCAUUUAAAAAUUGGUAAUUCUCAUUAUCAACACUAGAUGGAUUUCCCCCCAUAGAAAUCAUGUCAUACCCCUUUGAGAGAAGGGCACAUCAAAGAGAGGCCACUCAUGCUUUCAUGAUGUGCAUGAAUUACUUCAUUAAAUACCCUCUAACAACCACAUUGGUCUUUUUUUUUUCUGUGCACAAAAUAUUAAUACUACCUUGCAAAAUUAUACCGUUUGCACUUAAUCAUUUCAAUUAAUCUUUAGUAAAUUACCCAGUACUUUGUAAUUAUAUUUGCAGCUAAUUUAGUGCCAUCUUAAAAUAAUUCGUUGCAUAAUAUAAGCAAUUAACAUUUAUUCAGGGUUUUUUUCUGUUGCAGGGGGACAUAUAAAUUAUUCUCAGUGGCCUUUCUGUACACCUAAUUAGCACCUGUUUGAAUUAUUCUACAGGCUAUGGACACUUCAUCUGAAAAAAGAAUGCAUUGCUAGUUUUGCGAACUCCUUGUAAAUACACAGUUGUAAAAAUUCCUUUUCAGGGGAAGUGUGUUUUCAUACGUCUUCUGGGUUUAUGAGCUAAGCUAGGCUUUUAGGCUAUUGCACCUAGAGUAGUUACUGCCAUUUUUAAUACAGUUAAAAUAAAAGUAGUCUGAUACUUCUUUCCCAUAAUUAAGUACAAUAUCCCAGAUUUGUAGCCUGUUUUAUUCAGUAAUGAGAAAGGAAAGCAAUGAGACUUCAAGAAUAUAGAUCUUAGUGUAACUUUCACAUUUCUAUAAAUGCAUAUACAGUUUUACUAAUCAGGUUAUCAGAAGUAUUGCUGUGCUGGAAUGUUGAGGGUGCUGUAUUAAACUUGUGGAAAUUAAACCAGAUUGCUUCAAUC